AUGGCGUCGAAGGGAGCUGUGGUGUUGCGAGUUGUCAUAGAUGCGGCUUGUUUGGCGAUAGUUGCCAUUCCGGUGCUACUCUUCAAAUUCCUGGGUCAACCAUUUAAACGUGGCUUUUUCUGCAAUGAUCAGAGCUUGAUGCAUCCCCUUAAAACUUCUACCAUUCCAACAGUUAUAGUGGGCAUUAUUGGCAUUGGCUUCACCUCCUUAGUGGUUGUAGCUGUAGAAGGUAUACGGUGCAAACAGCUGUGUAGACAAAAAAAAAAUGAUGAUUAUGUAAGACCAGAAGAUUCCAAUGGCAAACCAUUCCUGAAGACCCUGGUUGUCCGAUGUUACAACAUUCUGGUGCCAUUUUAUUUUGGGGGCGUCAUGACACAACUUUUCACAGACAUAGGAAAGUUCUCUGUCGGUCGAUUAAGACCUCAUUUUUUUGAUGCUUGUAAGCCUGACUUCAGCAAGAUUAACUGCAGCCUUGGUUACAUUGAGGACUACACAUGUCUGCAGACAGAUGAAGAAAUUGUCAGAAAUGCCAAAUUAUCGUUUCCAUCUGGCCAUUCAUCAUUAUCUAUAUACACCAUGGUAUACUUUUCUAUGUAUAUUCAGAUAGCAAUGCCGCGUCUGCCCAGCCGACUCAUCCGUCCCCUCCUACAGUUGGCUCUCAUACUGAUGGCUUACUACACAUGUCUGUCCCGUAUCUCAGACUAUAAGCACCACUGGAGUGAUGUGUUAGGAGGUGGUAUCCUGGGACUUAUAACCUCCUUUGUUGUGGUUUUUUUCAUGUCUGAAAUGUUCAAGCGACCUAAAGCCAUAGCAGAAGGUUUACCUUUGAAGGUCAGUAGUGGAGACGGAGAUAGGAAUGUAGCCACACCCACUCAGAGCAGUGUGAUUGACAUGGAUGCAGAGUACAAGAAAUGACGCCCAGAACAACGACCCUUAAUACAUGAAAGUAACAGGCCCUAACCACCAGGCAGAUGCCUUUUUCUGAGAGUAUCUCAUAUCAGAAGCUUUAUGAUAAGAGGAGUGUUCACAAUUCCUUUCAGGAAUGAAACAGGUAUAUACAUAUAUGUGCAGUUAUUUGUGUCUGCUAAAGUGGAUGUAUUUAUAUAUAGGUAUAUAUAUAUAUUGAAAGAAAUAUUGCGAGCAUUAAGGCUUUAAUUUAUUUAGCCUAUUGUUAUUAAUUUCCAUAGCUUUGUAUGUGUUAAUCUGUAUUUUGUUAUGUUUACCUUUUCACAAAUAUGUUUGUCAAGGGCUAAAGUUUUGCCACUUCCAUUCAUUCAUUAAUUUGUAUUUAGAAGGAAAAAUUUCUUGCCAAGUCACCGCUUAGGUACUUGAUAGAAAGUAGAAGCCUCUGUUAAUUUGGAAUCAUAGAGGUUUCCAGAAACAGAAUGGUCAUGUUUUGUGUGAUUUGAAAAUUUCAUAUUAAAUCUACACUGCAUUGAAAUGCAUGUCUAUGAAAUAUCAGUGCCCAAGAGCAAUGGACACUGAGAUCGUGAAAGGGUUUGAUUACAACUUCGAUAAAUAUAUAGUAUAGAGAUGAGUCACCUUUCUUGCUGACCUGUUUUUGAUUUUUACACCCAGCCAGAAGUGUAAAGACAGAAAAUUAAGUUGAAGCAAGCAUACUAAAUUUUGAACCAAAGCCACAAAGAAUGUUAGACAAUCUGCCAUUAUUUGACAAGUCUAUAUGUACAUGUAUUUUAUGGUUAUCAGGUAGGAUGAGCAUAUUGGUAAGUUUUAACUGGAAUCCUCUCGGGACAGGAAUCAACAGAGAACAGUAAGUUGUGUAAAUCUGGGUUUGAGAUCAUGAGGGAGAGUUUUGCUUUAUACAGAUAGCAUUUAAUAUAUAAUGAAGUAUGGUCAGUUUAAAAUACAUAUCAACAACAUACAUGUACAUGUGUAGUCCCAUGUACUGGUGUAGAAUGUCUGUGCCUGUACAAAUUUGAUGCUGAUUUGUUGCUGAUUCCUGUGAGAGUAUUUGAGUACAGUUUUUUUAUGGUACCUUUGUAGUGUAUUCAGUCUGUUUUUCCCAUGCAAGGCUAUAAAAGUGCUAUCACAGAUAAUAGGUACGGUGUAUAGUGCUCUGAAUUCAACCAAGAUUCCAGUUUUCCAGGUAUUAUUGAUGAAGACGAUAGGUCACUAUAACAUAUCCAAAGAGCCUGUGCAAAUCUGAUUGGCAAUCGUAAGUCUUUGCUUAGAAUUGAUAAGCUGGUUUAGGAUAAUGUGUUAUACAUAAUGAUGUAAGUAUAAUCGAUAUUUUUGCCCGGUGCAGGGUACGAAAGAAUACUGUGUGAAUGUGAAAGAUAAAUCGUACUUGAAGGCCAUAAGGUGUGUUCAACAAGAAGGUGGAGUUCUGAUUGGUAGCUUCAUGUAACAAUACUUGAACAUUUUGCCAUUUCAUGUACUGCUUAUGUUUUUACUGUUCAGCUCACAAACACUGAAACAUUUUUUUUUUUUUUUUUUGUCGCACAAGAUACUUACGAAGUGGAAGUCCUAAUUCACUGCAGCACCAUCUGUUGCCAAAAGAAAGUCUGUCAGAACAUUUAAUACUGAAACCCUACAGAAACUUCAACAGUUCAAGGGUCAAGAUGCACUUAUUUAUAGAGAAUAUUUUAAAAUGCUGUUUUUUUUUUUUCUUUUUUAAUGUAACAUGCACAGUGGCAUUCCAUAAAGAGAGAUGAGAAUUUUUUUUCUUCACGUAGAUACAGGCCUUUUACAUGAUGUGUGUGUGUAGGCCUUUUACAUGAUGUGUGUGUGUAGGCCUUUUACAUGAUGUGUGUGUGUGUGUGUAUAGGCCUUUUACAUGUGUGUGUGUGUGGAUAGGCCUUUUACAUGUAUACUGAUUGCCUAAAGCAGGUGUCAAGAUUUUAGACUAAUAUUUAUACACAUGGUAUAUUAGGUAUAUGUGUACUUGUAAUGGAUAUGCUUUGCAUGCAAGUGGAGUCCUGAUAUCUCAGGGAUAGAGAUACAUCAAGGUGAAACUCUUUACAGUGCUCUUGAAAUAUUUUAUGUAUAUCACAGAGAAAGCUUUAUUUUGAUUGAGUGAUAAGUAAUGAAUGUUUUACAUCAUACGUCCAUUGUUACAAAUUGAUCUAGCAACUGUUUUACUUUUUGUUUGAUGAUGAACUAUUGAUUGAGCUGAACUUUUUUCCAGCCACAAUCAGGAUGGAUAUGCAACAGCCAGAAAGUGGCUUUUUUUAUUGACAGAUUCUGUUGUGUGCUUGAUUUAUGUGCUCCGUACCACCAAACCUGAAGUUUUAGUGUAUAUAUCCAUGUAAACUGUUUCAUCAUAUAUGAAGAAAUGAUAUGCCAGUGUACAUUGCAGCUUUUUAUACAUGCAAAAUGUUGUUGUCAAAUGAAAACUACCAAACUACGUUUUUGUACCAGGACAUUGAUUGGAUUGGCCCAUAGUACAGUUGUUUUGUAAACUUUUCAUCUACGUCUGACCAUGAUGAACCUUUUUGAUGACGUCCAGAUGUUUCUGUAGAGUGGCAAAUUUUUUAUUUAUUUAUUUUUUUUUUUGGAAGUACUGAAGAUGCACCGCUGGCUUCCCAUGGUACAAGAGACCACAUGAUCUAGAAACCAUUGUUAAAAGUUUGUCACAAGUUGACAUGAUUUAGUAAUACUUGUAUGAGAGGAAAAGGAAGGUAUAGCCAACCGCACACACUCACGAAAUCAAUUAUCACUGCAUUUACCAUUAUGGAAAACUCUUCUUUACAUACAUACAUGAAAGAUGAAAAAUAUGAGGUGUAAUUUUGAGUGUGUGAGGUCUGUAAAAUACAGGUACUUUUGAUCGUUUUAUAGUUGCAGCAUUGGGUCAGAAGGAAAAUAUUCUAUAUUACUCUGUUGUGUCAAUUUUGUACUAGUUAGAGUUAAUAUAUUUAUACAGUAUAUCCAUAUAUGUAUACACACUCUGUACAGCCGUCUUUAUGUGGUUAUUUACAUGGUUGUUAUGUGUGUCUUGUUUGAUCUACAUGUGAUGUUUUACAUACUAUUCCAGUUUAGCAGCCUCGGUUGUGAAAUAUGUGGCUUUUAUAAUAUACAUGUAAAAUUAUAUUC